AGGAAUACUUCGCGCAGGCCCUGAGCGGCAUGCUACCGACCAAGUCAUGGUGAGCGGCACCCGCUUUUGAGUGCGCACUUCCUGUGGUCGUGAGCCGUCCUCUUGUGUCUGUGCAGUCGGCGUCGUGGUUCGGUUUGAGCAGUGGAGGCACAACGCGCUGCCGAGUCCCCUGCUGCACCUUCGCCAACUGCCGCCGAACAGGCCGCCACUAUUGCAAGUGGUGCAAGGAGACGGACUCCGACCACUUCGCCCGCGAUUGCCGCUUCGCACCGCGUUCGACCGGCGCAGAUGACGGCAACGAAUCGGAUGACAACGUGGGGCAGGGUGCAUGGGUGGGAGAGAGCACUGACUUCCUAUGCAUGGCUGGUGCUGUUGUCCGUAUGUGUCAGCCUCGUGCAUCUCGGUCGUCCCGUCGGGCAUCUCGAUCGCGAGGCAGCACGUCGGCUGCCUCAACGGGCAGCAGCCAAAUCAUGCAGCCCAUGAUGCAGGUACGCUCCUCGGCAAGGAACUGCUCGUGUACACCAAUGGUGUGUUGUUCCAGCAAAUUGCGGCGCAGUUGCUGACGUCGAUGAUGCAGCCGCCUCCGCCACCCCCUGCUCCUGCCACGGGAGCUGGCCAGCAGGACAACACCGACCAGACGGCCGAUCAGAACACCAAUCAGCAGACCAACCAGAACGCCAAUGCAGCCCUGGUACGCACACACCCCACUGCCACUGCAAGCACUUCCUCCGCCUCUGACCAUGUAUUUGUAUGUCCACUUCAGGCCGCCCCUGUGUGUGACCCGCGUGUGCUGGCCGCAGCCAUGCUCUUCAGCAACCUCUUCCUAUCGGGGCAGCAGCAGCAGCAGGGCGGUGACUCGCCUCGCCACCGGGGCCGCUCCCCGUCGCCUCGUCGCCAGUCGUGCGGGCUGCGUGGCUGCCGGGAGGACCACUCAACGCACAAGUGCCGACAGUGCGGCAAAAUCAACAGCCACAUGACCAAGGACUGCCCCCAAUCCAGGGGGAGCAUGAGGGAGUGAAUGUGGGCGGGGGGGAACAGUACAUGUGUGUGCGUGUUUCUGUGUGUGAGUGCACGCAAAUGGAAUCAAGUGAGGGCGAGAAAUGUGAAAUCGACGGGAAGGCAGACAGGCCAUGAAUGCAACCACACAGGGGCGGGGAGGCAGUGGGGGCUGUGAAGAGAUGGAGAAACUUGUGUCAUUUUCUUGAUUGUGUCAGAAUGACAUUCGUUUCUUUGCGUUUGGAUGUCUGUAGCGGGUUUGUCAAUGUUGAAGGGGCUUUGAGUUUGUUGAAUCUCUCUGUGAGAACGGGAGGGAGACGGGGUGAAGUGACCAUCACUGUUUGCUGAAGUGAUUCAAAG